AUGGUCGCCACGGCAGGGAGCAGUGAGGACGAGCUGGCCGAGCGGAUCUUGCAGCGGGCGCAAUUGGCGCAGUGGAAGAGGCAAUUGAAGGUCGGUCUGAACCAGACUCUGGGGGGUUACAGCGCUGGAAACCCGGGCUCUGCAAGAAAACGGUCCAGUGGUAUCGACCAGGCUGACUUCACUGCAAGGGACAGUCUUCAAGGAGAAGUUGAGGUGGAGAGGGAGACGGGCACGGGCACGGCAACUGCUGCUUCUGAAGCAGAUCUGGAGAGCAGGGAGGAUGGGUCGCCCUGGAAGAAGCACCAGGCGGAUAGAACGCCGCUCAAGCAGCGGCAGGCCAGUGUUGGGACCACCACGCUGGCGGAGGCAGACAGGCAGCGGACCUCCGGAUCGACGCCCGUACGGCACUACGUCAAGCCAAGAAUCACACCAACCAAACUGAAGACCAAGAUUGAGACGGGGACACCAGAGAAGGCCUCCGGUGGGCACACUGCUGACCAGAAAUUCACAACUCCGAAGAGCACAGCGCAGGUGCCAAUCAGGAACCACAGCGUUUACAACGACACUGGGGAACCUCUGGGCCUGAACAGCACCAACAACAGCGCAGGUGCAGACUUGCUCAUCUACCUUGCGACGAGUCCAUACUCUUCCGCGACCCGCUCGCAACAGCAGCACCAGCAACAGAACCCCUCCUCUAGAGGUACAGCGAGGAUCCCUACAACGCCGUCCUCGUCGAUAUACGGUACGCACCACCAUACUGACGCAAACGACGCCAUAAGGUUGUCGAACUUGAAGCACUCAAUGUCCUCACCACAGUCCACGUUCAAAGUGCCGCACACGGUGGGAUCCAGCGGGUUCAUGUACCCUCCCUCGUCCUCAUCGUCUGCAGGUGUACACGCGUUUAACAGCGACCUCAUGGAAUCGCCCUCGCUGUACUCGAUGAGCCAGCAGCAUCUCACGCCGCGGAAAAGGACAGGCCCACCGAGGAGUGCUACGGAACUGGCCCCCAUUCCUACAACACCGUCAAGAGAACUAACAGCUCCGUCUUCUGCCUCGCACAACCUUCUCAAGACUCCGAACUUCAACAUGGGCGACUACAUACACAACAUAUUCAGUCCCUCGCCGAGAAUCACGGGUGGUGGAGGCGGCGGCACACCGGCCAUCAGACGCGGCAGCAUUAACAGCAUCGCAUCUAUCUCCCUCAUGAACACGGCAGGGAACUCCGCAAUCAACGCGGCGAGUCCGGCGGCACCCACUAUCCAUGGUAAUAACGACAAUAACUACCACGGUAGCAACGUUGCAACCGCGUCAGAGAUAGACAUCAAAGUAAACGAUGUUUCUACAAGUAGGGACCAGAGCAAAGACGUGUAG